AUGGAGAUGAGUCCACAAAAUGCGUUACUUGUCUUCAUCCAUUUGUUAGAUAGAACGGAAAAUAUCAAAGGCACCUGUCUUGGCUUAGUGAUUAACAUUCCUGUGCAAGCUGACAAGGCGAUUAUUUUUCCGGAAGAACAUGGAAAGGACUUGAUGAUGGUUAUGCUGCUGAAAAUACUGGCAUUCAAGAAGGCCGCAGUGGUGUCGCGUCGCAUUAUAAAUCUGAGCCAUCCGAGAUAUCCCAGUGAUUCUUUACCCGGGUAA